AACUCCAACAUGUACAAGCUUCUGCUGAUUGCUGCACUUUUGGGCUGCGCUGCUGCUGCGCCUGCUGAUCUGGAGACUGGCAUUACUAAAUUCGGUUCGGAGGUCAAUCCAGAUGGCAGCUAUGCCUAUGCAUAUGAGCAAACCGAUGGCACUGGAGCACAGGAGCAAGGUCAAGGCGGUGUCGGCGCUCAGGGUUCAUUCGGUUGGGUUUCGCCUGAAGGCCAACAUAUUGUUGUAUCCUACACAGCCGAUGCCACUGGCUAUCAUCCCAACUCCGAUGCUCUGCCCACACCACCACCCAUUCCAGCUGAAAUUCUGCGUGCUCUGCAGUUCAUUCAGGAGCAUCCCACACCUGAGGAGCAAGCCGAUCGUUCUGUGCGCGCUCAGCAAUUUUAA